CACAGCAGUCUGUUCCUGACAGUGAAGAUGCUCCCUCCUGGUGUAGGUGCAAAAAUCUCACCUGUACAUCAUACACAAGCCAGCAGAUGGCAUCCAACAGGACCCGGUGCACAACUCACUGGAUGUCCAGUAAUAUGGAGACCAUGGACUCUUACUAUGUCAGACACUCAACCUAAAAAAAAAGCUACUGGAUCCAGGCAGGUGUCUGACAUGCAAGGCUUUCAUCACCCAGUGAGGCUGUUCAUGCCCAGAUCUAAAAUCCAGGACUAUCUCUCUCAUCUGGGGAGGAAAGUUCUGGCCAGCUUUCCCGUUCAAGCCACUCUACACUUCUAUAAUGAUGACUCCAGCUCUGAAGAGGAGGAUGAGGAUGAAGAUGUGGAUGAAACAGAGACUGAGUUUAGGGUACCAGUAAAAAGGACCACAUAAAGGAAGGAUGCUUGAUGCAUGGACUAUAGAUGAUAUUUAACAGUGAUGUGAGCUUCAUACAGCCAGUGGUUAGUGGUCAUUAUCAUCAUUUUUUUGUGAUCCUUCUUCCCAGCCAGAAACCUUUGUUACGUUUGACCAGCCUUUGGAGAGCUGGAGGCUGUUUAUCUGCAUAAGUAUAGUCCUACACUAAAGUGCAUUUUCAGUGAACAGACAUGCUUGACUGUGGAACAAGGAUUAUUUGUUAUGCAGCUAUAGAAACAACUCUCAGAAAUGUAAUCUCGAGUUAACACAGCUGGGUUGUACUGAGUUGUGUAGCUGUACUGUUUGCUGGAUUUGGUGGUGGAGAUCCAGCACACUCCACUCCUGUGGAGGAAAAGCUGCUGUUUUGGAAACAAACUUAUGAAAGAACAGGCGAUCAUGGUAGCCGGUCUCAGGAAGCAGGAAUGGUGCGUGGAUACACAGCGGAACUGAGUCAUGGAACCAUGCAGCACUGGUACUGUUUACUCAAAUAAAGCAUAAACACACCUUUAACCUGAGCAAGUCUCAAACCUACUCCAUCACAUUCUCCUUCCUCAGGAGUGCACAUGGGACUCAGAGUGCAAGCUGGUUCAAAUUCAAACACUCUGCAUUCUGUACAGUGCAUGCUAUUAUAAUUAAUAUCACAUAUUACACUUUCAUUACAUUAGCUUACAAAUGUCUUAAUAGAGAUGUUGUAAUAUUGUGUUGUACAUUUAUGGGAUUUGUAUUUUUUUCUUACAUAUGUAAUGAAUAAAGAUUUAUUUUAAAAGA